AUGGAGGCCAAGGAGAAGGGCCAAGCGAAAGAACGCGAGCCUCGUGUGGCCCCGGGCCAGUCGUUGAAACCGGCCGCCACGGAUGUGUUCCAGCGGCUGCACGCGUCGCAUGCGGCGCGGGUGGAGAAACUCUCAAUGAUGCAGGAGUUGGCGCAGCAGCAGGAAGCAGCCAAGCUGGACGAACUGAAACGCUGCACGAUUCGGACCUGUUCCUCUGCGGAGGAGGCGGGCCAGAUCUACGGGCGCCUCUACGACGAGGCCCAGCUGCGGCGGAAGCGCCGCGAAGAUCUGGCGCGGGAGGCGGAGGAAAAGGAAACCUGGUCGUCUCAGUGGAGUUCUGCGUUGUCUUCCAGGAGCCAGGAAGUACCCCGCUGGGAGCAGCUGUACAACAGCGCGCCAUUGAAGGAGAAACGUCUGGGACAAGAACGUCAGAGAGUGCAACAGCAAGAGGAACAGUGGUUGGCUGAGAACUGUAUCCAUCAAAGUGCGACUGAUGCCCAGCCUGAUCAGAUUUUCUCUCGUUUGUACCGGGAGAGAUUUGACCGCGAGAAGCGCAUGGAACAGAUGAGGGCUGCAAAUGCUGCGAGUCGUUCCCAGCAGCUUGCAGAAGGCUCGGUGCAUGCCAGCUGCAGUGCCUCCGAAGCAGACUUGGUGGAAAGGACGAGGCGUCUCUAUGAGGAUGGCCUGCAGCGAAUGGAACGUUUGGAGGUGGCGAGACGCUUGCACAAUCAGCAGUUCAAGGCCCCUCGACGCAGUGCCUCCGCCGGACCGUCGAGGUUUGAGAUGCUCUACAGCGAUGCCAGUCGCCGGGACGAGGAGCGGAAGCACUUGCAGGAGUGUCAUGAAAGAGACGAACUGGAGAUGUGUCGCUUGCAGCUUGUCACCACCCCGCGGCGCCUGGGCGGCAGCGGCACGAGCAGCGCGCAGGCACGAAGCAGCUCAGCGAGGUCGCAUGCAGAGGCGCAUGCCAUGGUCUCAGCGCAUGAUGCUGGAAGCAGGAUUCCGCGGCCGUCAAUCCCUGCCCGGCCUGCUGAGGCCAAGGUUGCCGCGCCAUCCGCAGCGACGGCAGAUCAAUCGCUUCGGAGAGACCGAAGCGUUUCCAGAGGAAGCCAGCGUGAGGCUGGUGGAAUGUUUGUGUCACAGGUGCCGGAAACCGCAAAGCCUGCAGAGCGUGCAAUGGCUGACCGCAAAGGCUCCGGGACGUUGGAGAAUUCUGGAGAGGCCCAAGCUGGCACCCCCCGUACGACCAGUCCGAGAGGAAGUACUCGGAGUCCGAAAGCCACAAGCAAGAUGAACCAAACGCGGACCUCGGAGCCCAAAGCAGGCGCUACGCGUGCAAAGACACCACCGCGCGCAAAGACACCGCCACGAGCAAAGACACCAUCACGAGCAACGACACCACCACGUGCGAAGACACCACAACCACGCGAGAAGACACCACCCAAGGCGCAACCCAAGAGCGCAGCCAUCCGCACCGGUGCAUGGCCGUGA